AUGAAGGCAUUGCACAUUCUGCUGCUUUCUGCAGCGUUUAGCAUCCUCUCUUUUAAUGUUACAUAUGGAGAGAAAAUAAUCAAUGGUACGGAAGCCCCGAAGAACUCACUGCAGUACAUGGUAUCGAUGCAGUGGAAUGGUAAGCACAUUUGUGGGGGAUUCCUCAUCCGCCCCAGCUAUGUGCUCACUGCUGCCCACUGUAGAAUGCACAGCGAUCUCAGUGUGGUCAUCGGGACUCAUGACAUCAAUCCGAGCAGAAGCAAUCUGAGAAGACACAAAGUGGCUAAAAUACAUCCACACCCAUCAUAUAAUAAACCCAUUGAUGGGUAUGACAUCAUGCUACUGGAGCUUUCAGAGAGAGUCAAUCUGAAUGAAGAUGUGAAGACCAUCGAUAUCCCAAGCAAGAACGAUUGGAUCUAUAUGCCGUGCCAGGUUGCAGGUUGGGGACUAACUAAAAAUGGAAAACUAGUGAAUGACCUUAUGGUGACUGAAGUCCCCAUUAUUAGUACGGAGGUCUGUAGGAAGGAGUGGGAGGGGAAAAAUAUUAAUCUCCCAAACAACAUUCUGUGUGCAGGAGGCUAUCAAACCACCCAUGGAGCAUGUCAGGGGGAUUCUGGUGGGCCUCUGGUGUGCAAUGGUGUUGCAGUGGGCAUUGUGUCCUUCAAUUAUGAGAAAAACUGCACCUAUCCGAAUGUCCCUAAUGUCUACACGAAUAUUUCAUCAUACACAGACUGGAUUCACGAUGUGAUCCACAGACAUGCUUAAGAUGUAUUUAUCUCUAAAUAUUGUUUAAAUUGAUACUUUGCUAAUUCAUCGCUGCAUAAAAUUGUAUCGCUUAAACCAAUAUUCAGAGGCAGAAAAAGAGACAAUUUUUUUUUUUGUAAAGUAAUAUUUAUAGUUCCUGAUGAGUCUCUAAAUUUAAAGGAAAUUUAAAGUCAGUACUGCAUUUGCAUCUUAAGCAUGAUUUUAUUCUUUUAUGGUCAGCAUUUGGUUAAAAAAAAAAAAAAAAGCAACUCAAAAAGCAAUGACUUAAUAGAAACUCUCACUUACAUAUGUAAUCUGAACAUAUGGUUUGACAUGUCAUCAUGUUGUAUCACUGCUUUCUUAGUAAACAGCCAAAUCAUGCUUUAUGAGAAAUAAAUGUAAAU